AUGACACGCAACGCUCGUAUAUUCGAGUCAGUACCGGUUCAACAAAAACGCGACAAAGCCUUGACACAUUCCAAAGACAAAACUGUGAUAGAGUCGGAUUGUGAAGCAAAUCAAGUUGGUAAAGAUCCUUUUAGCAAAGACGCCGAAGAGUUCUUAGCUCUAAUCAAGAAAAGUGACUACAGGGUGGUAGACCAGCUUCACCAGACACCCUCCAAGAUAUCUCUCAUGUCACUACUCCUGAAUUCAGAAAAGCAUCGGGAGUCUCUAAUGAGGAUUACGAGUGCGGCCCAUGUGACGAAGAACAUAAUUGUAAACCAAUUUGAUGGGAUGGUAGCCAACCUUACCUCUGGGGCAUGCCUAGGUUUUAGUGAUCAUGAGCUCCCACCACAAGGGAGGUCACAUAAUAAAGCUUUGCACAUUUCCAUAUACUGUGGAAAAGCUCACCUUUCUAGGGUUCUUAUCGACAUGGUUUCUUCACUGAAUGUAAUGCCAAAGACGACACUCAUGAAAAUUGCCAUGGAAGCCCUCGUUAUAAGACCCAGUCAUAUGGUAGUCAAGGCUUUUGAUGGGUCACAAAGCCCGGUUUUUGGAGAGGUGAAUCUGCCAAUUGUCAUUGGAUCACAUACUUUCUCUUUCAAUUUCCAAGUUAUGGAAAUGGAACCCACAUACACAUGCUUGCUUGGACGGCCUUGGAUUCAUGCGGCAGGGGCAAUCACAUCAACCCUCCACCAGAAGAUGAAUUUCGUAAACAAAGGCUCCAUAGUUAACAUUAAUGGAGAAGAGGAUAUAUUUGUCAGUCAUCUAGAGUCAAACAAAUAUAUCGGUACCGAGGAAGGCAACAGAGAAACUGCAUUCCAAGCCUUGGAGAUUGCUACCACUAUUACAUUGCCCGUAGAGAAAAUAAAGAAGUCAGUAACAUCCUGGAGAGACUUGCAAGAUGUAGAUCCUGAAAACUGGGGUAAGAUAAUUGAAGUCCCCGAAAAGAAAGAUCGCUUGGGUUUGGGAUACCAACCAUCUGCGAUCAAUAGAGCCGUAAAGGAAGGACGACAAAUUCCGCCACUAAAACAGACCUUCGUGACAGGUGGGUAUGAGCAUAACAAACAAGUAUCCAUGUUAUCCAACAAAGGUAUCAAUGAAAGUGCAUUCGACUUCAUCCGUGAAUGUGCUCAAGGAGAACAACUCCAGAAUUGGACGACCUUGGAGAUACCAGAGAUCUUUUUAUUUUCAAAGUAA